AAAACUUCAGUAUGUUCCAGUCGUUAUUAGUGAAGGAACUUUACACGACAUACACACUCUCAUACCUUCUGCUGUUAUUAAGUAUGUGUCCAUGUGAGAGUAAAACUCUCGAGAGUCGCUCUCGAGAGCUUUGCUCUCAAGUGGACAACGAUUUGAGAGCUACUCGCUGCGAGCGAUACGUUACUAUCCGACAGUAACUCGCAGCGAUAUCUAGAGUACGUGGAAGUGGAACCGACCGCCUCUCGAUAGUGGACUCGCAGAAGUCGAAACAAUUUCGUAUAGUUGAGAGUGCUGUCAAGUUAACAUGUCGAAAAACUGGAGUAAAGACGAAGUGUUGGAAUUGAUACAGUGCUACGAAGAAAAUGAGAUGUUAUGGAAUACUCGAUGUACAGAGUACAGAAAUCGAGAGAAAAAACAGGCACUCCUGAGAGAAUUUGCUAUCCAAUUUAGUUGUAGUGCGGAAGAAAUUCAGAGGAAAUUGCACAAUUUAAGAAAUCAGGUUUCCCAAGAAUUGAAAAAAAUGAAGAAGAAAAAAAGUGGCGCAGGUACCGAUGAAAAUUAUACUACAAAUUGGCCUUAUUUUACUGCGUUAAAGUUUUUGAUUCCUACUCUGAUACCAAAUCAAACUGAAUCAAACAGAAGUGAGACUCGCUCAUCCAUUGAGACACAGCCAGUCAAAGAGAUUGAAUCACAACUUGAUGAGGAAAUAAAUGUUGUUGGAAACGAAAAUACCAACAUUACAAUUGAAAAUAAACAAAAGAAGCGGAAACGUGAGAAAACAGAUGUUGAUGACCAACUGUUUCGAUCAGCAAUACAAACCCUGCAAAAACCUCCAGAUGAGGAUGAGAUUUUCGGGCAAUAUGUCGCGAUGGAGUUGAAAGGGAUUACAAAUGAUUUUCUUAAACGAAAACUUAAAAGUGCAAUUAGAAGGUCCGUUAAUCAGAUCGUCGAUGAAUACGAUAUGCACAUGUAUGGAACGCCUUCCACGUCAUCAGCAUCAUUGCCAACAUCACCGGCACACGAAGACAGUUCAUCAUGUGCAGGUUUAUUUAAAACAUUUACUGAAUUGUGAAUUAUUGGAUUUUUGUAUUAAACUUCUUGAAUAAAAGCCUAAACAUUUAAUAUAAACUUAUACCUUUAAG